AGUGAAAGAGGCAUGUUCCUGGUAGAGUUUGCCAAACCACUUGUGUCCCAUGGAAAGCAUCCAAUGUGUGUGCAAAAAACAGCAAAGGAUGACAUUCUGGAGUAUGUGAAUGGGAUGAAGCACUCCUUACUCCCUGGAGACAAAGUGCUGGCACCCUGGGAGCCAGAUAUGGCCAGGUAUGGCCCAGGAACUGUCCUCACAGGCAUUGAGACAAGGGACCCCUUACGAGCCUCAGAAGAUGAAGAAAUUACAGUCCAGUUCUGGAAUGAUAAGAAAGUGAAACUCCCUCGUAAUGUGGCUCUGUGGAUCCCUCCUGGCCUGUGGGAGAGGAUUGUAGAGAUGAUCCACAUGCCCUUCACCAGCAGGCUGAAGUCCAGAGAAAAUCUGGAUGCUGGAUCUUGUAUUUUUCCCUACAGUCCUAAACCAGCCCUCAUUCCUGUUUAUGCUGGACACAGCCUUGCCAAGCACUGCUUGCUCUGCUCACCCUGCUGGCCACAUUUCCACUACCACUGUGGUGGUGCUUUGUGCUGUUUGUCAGGAUGUGUAAGGUGCAUCUGCUGCUGUCACCCCUGUGCUGAUGUCUGGCGGUCUCUUCCAUCCAGGUCUCUGGUCUUUCAGAACAAAUCUGAAGAGGCAGAGUCCAGCAGUGAGCCCUCUCCAGGCCUUCUAGAACUGGAAGGCACAAAACAAGAAGCAGCUGCAGCUGUGGCUACAUCUUUCUCCUCUUCUGAUUCAAAGUGGGACCUGAAGCCACUCCCCACUAGGAGUACUGUGGUGGACAGUGCUGUUAACACAGCCUGUGGCUGUCUUGAAAAGCCCAAGCUAAAGGAUUCUGCAAGACCUCAGUGGAAAUACUGGAAAAGAAGCCACCACACAUCACAUUCCAGUAAUUCAG